CGCAACCUGCACUUGGUGGGAGGCUGCAGUUGAUCGACGCAGCUCCUCCGCGCAGAUUUUCGAGUGUGACGGAAGCGAUGUCUCCAGUGAUCGAGCUCAUCAAUCGUGCUCACAUGGCGCUUGAUGCAGCAGAGAAAUUGGAUCUCUUGCAGCGCGUGAAAGAAAUCGUUGUGGAGCGCAGCCCGGACCUUGGACGGUCCACUCCAGAAUACAAGUCGCUUGUCGACGCAAUCGUUCCGUUUUCGAAUGAGCGCAACGUGGCAGUGGCCAAAUUUGCUCUGCAGUUCAUCGAAGACCUCAUGGAGCCUGCCAAGAACCCAUCGAUCAAGACUCCAUCCAUUCUAGCGCUCACGCGACAUGCCCUGUUCGAGUCUUGUUCGAGCGUGCUCACCAUCAACGCAGGUCCGUCGUCGAUUCGUAAAGCUCUCAAACUUCUUGACAAGUACAUUCCCGGUACGAUCUACCACAUUUGGGUCCAGCCGCUCGACGCCCACGAUCCUCAAGUGUGGGACCACCUUGUGCGAGCGAUCCACAUUAUACAGCAGACAUUGCAUCAAUUCCAAGAUGCUGAAGCAGUUCUGUGGACGAUUCGCAUCUUAGAAAACUGCGCUUUGCACUUUUCGCAUGCCUUUGACUCUGUGUACCGCGAUCCCGCGCGAUCGAACGUCCAGCCAGAUGCUGUCCACUUGGGGAUCGUUCCGACAACCCACGCGUUCAUUCGGCACGAGAUGGUUGACGCCCUCGGUGUAUCCAUCGUGCAGAGUCUUGUCGAUCGCAUGCAAGACAAUCCGAUGCUAGCGUUUGGGCGGCGCGAGUACGUCACAUUGGUGCACUCGUUGAGUCUUCUAGCAGUUCUUCGACCGACCUUUGUCGGGCUCGUCGUACCAGCAUUGAUUGGGGUCCCCAACGCCACGGAUCGUCUCCCCCCGUCCGUCCAAGAUACCGUCGUCCACGCUGUCAAGGCCAACCUCCUCAAGCUGUUACACCUGCCAUCGACGGAGGCGCACCGGAACGCUAUCACGUCGUUCCUUAUGUCCUACGAUCUGUCCGAGCGAGCGUUCAAGGCACUCACCAAGUCCAAGGAUCGCCGACGAAAGUACGUGUCCGCACCAAGCGAUGCAUCGCUGAAAAAUGUCAAGCGUGACGCCGCCAAGAUGUCGUUCGAGUCGCCACUGGCAAAACGAGCCAAGACCGAGGCUGCCGCGUCGAUGACAGUCGAUUCCGUCGUCAACAUGUCCACCGAAUCUGUCAUCCAGCUCGUGCUCAACAACAUGGCGAAUUUGCCGACCGUGCAACCUAUAGGUCCAAAUGGUGCGAAGCUCGAACUCCUCCAUACGCCCAGCGGCCUCAAAGAUCGCAUGUUCGAGAUCCUGUCUCGGCUCGCAACUCCGUCGUCCGUGUUGGCCAUCAAGGAAGCUUCUUCGCGAAAAAAAGUGCGCGAUCCCCGGCUACGUGGUCGGGAAAAAGUCGAGGUCCCGCCAUCCCUCGUCCGCGUAUUCGAUGAAGAAGGAUUGGAGUCAGUCACGGACAUGAUCUGCGCCAACGCCAAGACGCUCGUCGAACCCAUCAUUGCUGUCACCAAAGACGAUGUCACGCGCGAAUACAAUGCUAUCAAGGUCAACAUCAAACCCGUCGCGGCUGACUGGUGCAAGCAAAUGGCCCAUCAAACGAUCCAGCGCCUACUCGGCAACGAGUACGGCGUCCUCGCGAGUGGAAAGGAGUCGGUGCGGGAAACGCUUGUGUGCCGGUUGGCCACCAGCCGAUGGCUCGUCGAUGACGACAGGUGCAAACCUCACAAACUCGUCGUGGACUUUGUCGCAGAGAACAUCCACAAGCGUCAUGGAGUAGUCGUGUCGCUAUUGUACCAUGAAUACGCGACGUCGCUGUACGAAUCGAUGGAGCAGACGCAUGACGCCGCGGGGGAAGCGGCCAGGACCCCGCGUGUGUACCUCCACUUAGUCUCCCUUGUGUGCCAUCUCCUGCGUACGAAACUCGACCCGAAAGUCGCCGCCGACAAAAAACUCUUUCAUUACAUGCUGAGUCACAUUCCGAGCUUGUCGCCAGACGUGUUGAAGCUGCUGUCCGUCCAGUUUGUCGAUCCCACAGACAAGGAACGUGUCACGAUGGGUGUCGUUGCGCUUCGAAACUUUAUCACAGAGCGAUCGUCCGGGCAGGAAGCGUGCUUGCACGUGCUGCUCCACUACGCGACUCACGUGGAAGAAAGCAUCCGCAACCCAACGAUUCGGUGCCUGGCCAACCAGAUUUACCCACUGCCGAACCUCCAGGCGAUCAUCGAAACGCACGCGAUUCAACUCAUGAAGUCGCUGUGUCUGCCAUCGGACGGCGUAGCAGUGGAGCCCACGGCAGACGAUGCCAACAACGCAGCCAACCCCGACACGUCCAACACGAUCAAGACGGAGCCCGGCAUGUCCGUCAAACUGGAGCCGACCGACGACAUGAGUGCAUUUCACAGCUACCAACACGUCAUCCUGUCGUCACCUCGGCGGCAAUACUACCUCGACCAGAUCCAAUCGACAGACAUGGAAGCCCAACUCAAGGCGUAUGCGCAGACCCUCCAGACCGAACACAACUUUUCGACGUGCCCACAAACGGAAGACCAAGUCCUGCAACGAAUGGAGCUCUUCCUGGGUCUGUGUGCGAAGCGGCCAGACUUGUUUGCCCGAUUUGUGACAACGUACUCUGCCACGAGCCCCGAAGUCCAGCAUGUUUUGCUCAUCUCGGUCGAUAAAUUGAUCAAGUUGCUGCGGCAAAAAGAAGGCGAAGCAGUCGUGCUGGCGCAACUCCAAGCAUUCCCACCGAAAGCGCUGGAUUUUGUCUGCCACGUUGUCAAGGUGCUCGCAAGUUUAUCCAAGGACCCGUCGACCCUCGUCGACCCGCUCGUGCAGCUCUACACGGAUCAGAAGGACAUGAUCCGCGAUGCCGCGUCAAUUCUCGCGCCGAUUGCGUCGGAGCUGCCGUCGGAGCGGGUCAUGGACGUCUUGCCAUCCUUCUUCGACUUGCCGCUGCCGCGGUUGGUGGAAGUGAUGCAAGAGUUGCUCAAGCCGAUCCCACUCAAAGUGGACGCGACAACUUUCCUUCUCGCUCUGCACCACAUUCCCGACGAAAACGAAAAACAAAAACGAAUUCUCCGAGCGAUCGGGAUCUGUCUGGAACACCCGGUCGCGUUCCCCGUCGACGUCAUGGUGAGCGUGACCUCGACGCUCGUCGCGGAAACUCCCGUGCCAAAAUACACGCUCCGAACAAUGAUUCAGGCUGUGCAAAUGCACCACAAGCUUCGCAAACACACCGCGACGUGCCUCGAAACGCUGCGCGAGCGACGAGUGUGGGAAAUGGACGAGGCGCUCUGGAUCGGCUGGGUCAAGUGUGCCGUCGUCGUCCAGCCCCACUCGUUCAAAGCUAUUUCCGAACUCCCCGUAGCGCAGGGUCGCCAAGUGUUUGAAUCGGACGAAGGCAAGGAGCUCACGGACCUGUUCAAAGCCUAUUGCAAGAAUAUCCCGACGCUGUCGCAGGAAUGGCGCGCCCACUUGCAGCUCCAGGAUGCUGCGGCCGUCCACGAUGCAGCCGUUCUCAACGCGACCACGCCGCACGAGUUGAAUCGUUCAUUCGGCCCUGCGGAGCCACACACUGCGUACGACCACGACAUGGAUGAUCUCAAAAACCUGCAGCCGAUGGCAUAGCUGGCUCCCCUCUGGUUCUCGUGCGUCCAUUCCCCUCCACCGAGCGUAGGCGAUUUUGCAGUCGAUGUACAUGCCAUGGCGAAAUACAUUGGCUUCGGCGACCUGUUUUGCCAUUUUCGUACAUCAUGCUUUUGAUGCACCGUUCUACUUGUCGUUCAGGAACGCCAUGUCCUUGAACUCGCGGCGCACCUUCUCGAGCAACGACACGCCAAACUCGGCCUCGUGGGCGCGGCGCUGCUUGAUACGUUCGAGGCCAGCCAUGAUCUUGGCUGCGUCUUUCGCGUCGUGGCCGAGAGCCAGCAAGUUUUGCGCCGUGCAGUGGUCGGCACAGAACGGAAUUUGUCGCAGGGCUUCAUUCGUGCACCCGAGCGUUGUGCACCUCGGCGCUUCCUUCUUGGGCUUACGAAACGCGACCGUUCUUUUCUCGGGCGUCGACAGGAUGGUGGUAUUCGACUCGGGUA